AUAACGACGGCAGAGCACAACGGAGCUUCGCCACAGCGUACGUUCAACCUAUGCUUCUCAUCAGCUCAGCUGUUCUUCGUAGUGAAUGACGCCAUAAAAUUCUGAUAUCUGGUAUUCAACGCACAGUUUCAUCGCGGGUUUGGAUUUUUGGUGAAUGACGACGGUGUGGUCCCCAGGAAUAAUGGCUACGCGACACUAUGAGAGCAGCACGAGCGGGAUGAACUUCGAUCGUUUUCUCGACAAGUUUGAUGAAUCCACGCUAGUGACUAUGAAACGACAUUACUACACUGCAAAACAACUGCUAAGGACCAAACUUGGCAAGAAGGAAGAUGAGCACUUGCUUGCGUCCGAUGCUUCUCUUGAUUCGAAACUAACUUUAUUUCGAUCAGUGAGGGACACGUCGGAAAAUCUCCUGGCAUGUGUGGAAAACUAUCAAGCCUUUCUAUUAGAUGCGAUACUCUGCGAAAAUGAACUCGGAAAAUAUCUCAAAGAGCAAGGAAAGCAGGACAAAAGGAAAGAAACUGGACGAGGAAUGAUAGCAGUCGGAAGAGCUCUACUUUUUAGUAGCCAUCAAUUAGCCGCUGUACGAGUUCCCUUACUCAGGUUUUACCAAGAGUUGCAUGUAUUCGCCGAACGUGCAAUUUUCGACUGUUCACAAACGGUUGAUGCUGUCGAACGAGCUCGUCUUGAAUAUCGUGGAAGUCUGCUAUGGAUGAAAAAGACCAGUGAAGAGUUAGAUCCUGAUACCGAUCGGCAGCUAGAAAAAUUUCGAGAAGCUCAAUCAGCUGUACGAACGAAUAAGGAGCGUCUUGACAAGCUCAAAGUGGAUACGCUUCAAAAGGUUGAUCUCCUAUCCGCGUCACGCUCGAAUCUACUGUCUCAUCUUCUCGGGAAAUAUCUAGAAAUGCUUUGUGCCUAUUACGAUAAAACAUGUCGUGCCUAUACUGCACUCUCCAGUAAUCUUUCCACAUUCCAACAUUAUGAAUUUGAAAUUCUUACGGAUCUUAUCGAACCUUCCAAGAAGGUGGCAAAGAAAGUUCGCCAAGAAAGUGUCGACAAAGAAAAAACUGCGGAGUAUUCUCAACUUCCCGCCGAAGCUGAUGAACAGGAAGAGGAGUCUGUAGGAAAUCUCCUUAAUUUGGAUGAUGAACCAGAAGGUUCGCUGAAAAAGUACUUAUUCGGCCGAGAGAGCCCCAUCGACGACAACAAUCAAGAGCCCGCAGAGGAGAGACCUGAAAGUCCACUAGGAGUAUUCGAAAACGAAUUAGAGGGAGAGAAACCUUUGUCGGAGCAGUUCAACAAGAUUUCCAUUGGUCCAUUACCGCCAACCUUAAUAGACACAGAUGCUGAAGUACCACUUCUGCCACCUCCUCCACGGGCAGCACCUUUCCAGGCACAGCCUUCCACUAGUGGAAUGGGAUCUCUUACUGUCGCAAUGGCUCGAAAGAUCUCUAUCUCUAUGAUUCUUCUUGUUUUCUUGUCCUUGGUUUGUUUGAGUAUGGAUUGGUCAUUACUAAGGAAGAAUGUAGUCCUCAUCGAAGAAAGCAACAACCAGAUGUGA